UAUUUUCCGUAGAAUAAACGCCAUGUUGGACAACUCUCUGGAUUUCAGUCGAGUCUGCACAACACCUAUAACAAAAGGAAGGCACGAUCACUUGUCAGACUUCCCAGACUCUGAAGGAACAGUUACAAGCAGGAUGCUUUUCCCCACCUCUGCGCAAGAAUCUUCCAGGGGCCUCCCGGAUGCAAAUGACCUGUGCCUUGGCCUGCAGUCCCUCAGCUUGACAGGGUGGGACAGACCAUGGAGUACCCAAGACUCUGAUGCUGCAGCACAGAGCAGUCCACAAUCUGUAUUGAGCAUGCUCAAUAACCCACUGGGAAAUGUAUUGGGAAAACCUCCUCUGGGCUUCUUGCCCCUGGACCCCACUAACUCUGAGUUGGUGGAAAAGUUUCCAACACCAUCUAUGAGAGGAUCCCGCCUGGAUGCCCGUCCUGUCCUGGAUUCCCGUUCCAGCAGCCCUUCUGAUUCAGAUACAAGUGGUUUCAGCUCUGGAUCAGACCAUCUCUCGGAUUUAAUUUCCAGUCUUCGCAUCUCCCCUCCUCUGCCUUUCCUGCCCCUUGGGGCUGGUCCCAGAGACCCUUUAAAGAUGGGAGUUGGGUCAUGGCUGGACCAAGACCAGGCUGCUCUAGCUGCAGUAACUCCCUCUCCUACCAAUGCAUCAAAGAGAUGGCCUGGAGCAUCAGUUUGGCCUUCUUGGGACUUGUUAGAAGCUCCAGAGGAUCCUUUUAGUAUUGAGAGGGAGGCCAGACUCCAUAGACAAGCUGCAGCUGUGAAUGAAGCCACAUGCACCUGGAGUGGUCAGCUUCCUCCUCGAAACUACAAGAACCCCAUCUAUUCCUGUAAGGUGUUUUUAGGAGGAGUUCCUUGGGACAUCACGGAAGCUGGAUUGAUAAACACCUUCCGUGUAUUUGGUUCUUUGAGUGUGGAAUGGCCUGGUAAGGAUGGCAAACACCCCCGGUGCCCUCCCAAAGGUAAUAUGCCUAAAGGGUAUGUGUACCUGGUAUUUGAGCUGGAGAAAUCUGUGCGGGCCCUGCUCCAAGCUUGUUCUCAAGAUCCACUAAGUCCAGAUGGCCUGAGCGAGUAUUACUUCAAGAUGUCCAGCCGCAGGAUGCGUUGUAAGGAGGUACAAGUUAUUCCUUGGGUUUUGGCUGAUAGCAACUUUGUCCGAAGCCCAUCACAAAGGCUGGAUCCCAGCAGAACAGUCUUUGUUGGGGCGCUGCAUGGGAUGCUCAAUGCGGAGGCGCUGGCUGCAAUUGUAAAUGAUCUCUUUGGAGGAGUAGUGUAUGCUGGCAUUGACACGGAUAAGCACAAGUAUCCUAUUGGGUCUGGACGAGUGACUUUUAACAAUCAACGCAGUUAUCUGAAGGCGGUCAGUGCUGCUUUUGUGGAGAUCAAAACUACCAAGUUUACCAAGAAGGUUCAGAUUGACCCCUACCUAGAAGACUCUCUGUGUCACAUCUGUAGUGCUCAGCCGGGUCCAUUCUUCUGUCGAGAUCAGGUCUGCUUCAAGUACUUUUGCCGUAGCUGCUGGCACUGGCGACACAGCACAGAGGGCCUCCGUCACCAUCGCCCACUGAUGCGUAAUCAGAAGAGUCGAGAGUCCAGCUAGAGGGGUGGUGGGUAUCCAUCUGCCCCUGGUGAAGCUGGUUUAACCUGAGUGAUGAGAGCCGGGAGUGUGGUUCCUAGCCGCAGGCCCAGGCUGGGAGUGCGCUUCUGAAGGACGUGGGGAAAAUCUUACAUUCACCUUUGCACUUGCUGAUCUGUCUUUGUUUCUGCACUAAUGCACAGUGAGUUUUGUCGGGUUUUGUUUUCAGGGGGUGUUAUAAGGGGAAGGGCCCCCCCCCAGGCACCCCCCAAGUGACUCUGCAGUUUUCCCAGACUUUAGUUCCUCAGUUUGCUGAUAACAAGCAAAAAAGGACCACGUGUUGAGAAGGUAUUUAUGCAGAUGCCUUCGUCUAGGUUUUUUAUUUAUUAAAAGCGCUUUUUUACAUUCCUCGCAAUACUGAUGGUAAUGACGCAGGUCUCAGUGGCUCCAUGUUUGCAGUUGCCAUACAGUGCCUUUCCAUUUAUUUAACCCCCACCUGAACGGCAUAAACUGAGUGUUCAGCUGGUGUUUUUUACUGUAACAACAAGGAGACUUUGCUCUUCAUUUAAACCAAAAUCAUAUUUCAUAUUUUACGCUCGAGGGUUUUUACCGGUUCCUUUUUACACUCCUUAAAACAGUUUUUAAGUAGUUUGAAACGAGAUUUUUUUCUUUCCUGGCAGCUUUUAACAUUAUUGCAAAUUUGUGUCUGGGGACUGCGGCUUAGGGUUUCUCACAGUUGUGGAGAGAGGCGUUUGCAACCAGGAAAAAAAAACCAGAUUUUUCAAAUUUAAAACUGGACCGGAUAAAUGAUGGUGGAGCUGCUGUACAUAGUUUUAAACCGUUUGUUGCACUUUCUUAAGUUGCACUUAAGUGGGGGGUUGAUAGAGGUUUUUAAUCACAAAGUCACAGGACUUAAUUUUUUUCUUUUUUUGUAACUGAGCUAAAAAGGGCUGCUUUUUGGCAGGGGCAGAUGAAGGUUCACAGGAGCCCUUUCACUUAGAGGGGACAAGUACCUUUUCCCUUUUUUCUUUUUUCUUUCUUUUUGUUAAAAAAAAAUGUAUGAAGCAACAAGGCAGUUGACUGAUGCUGCUGGGAUUUGAAAACUUGACUUUUUUUUUAAAAGAAGAAAAUAGAACUUGCCCCUCUACGGGAAGCUGUGUGCCAAAGAACCAGUGUCAUAACCCUCCUUUUUCCUCCUCCCUCUCCCGCUGAGCCGAUGUUGCGUUAUUGCGUAUCCCAGCUGCUCUGUGUGGGUUUUUGUGAAUCUGUGUGUGAAGUCUCUACCUCAUUGUAGUGUAUGCAGGCAAGACUGCACUCUCCUGCAGAUGUGUGGAGUAAGCUGUGGUGUAGUUUUUUUGGCACAUAAUAAACACGUUGCAGCAGU